AUGGCCAUGCCUGCGCAAUCUGACAGUGCCGGUGCGCAGGGCAGCUCGCACGAAAAAGGCUCAAGCGCACCGGAUCGCAAUGGUUAUGUGAAAGCAUGUGUCAUCCCACUGUGCCGUGACCGAGGCUGCGAGUCGUGGGUGAGGCUAAUGUUCACCAAAUUGUGGAGUUCCCAGAGACUCCGGAGUGCGGUGUGUGUGGGGUCGCUCUCGCUUUUUCUCGCUCUGUUGGUCAAAUGUGCAGAUUGGAGAAGAGCUGGAGCCAGCAGCAGCAGCAGCAGCGCUGACAACACACUCUCGCAUUCAUCGUCCUCCCUUCACUUGGGUCCAGGCUGCGCUGCGGAGCUGUUGCAAACUUGCUGGAGUGUGCUCUCGCCAUUGUCCACCCUCCUGUGUGCCUUCUUCUGGGUCGGGGUGUACCUCCUCCGCUGCGGGGUGCCGGUCCCGAGCGCCCUCGCCCUCCUGACCGUGUGCCACCUGGGCGCAGCGGCGGCGUGGGCUCUCCUGCCCGGGACAGAGGAGGAGGAGGAGCGGCUGGUUUCCUUCUCCACCGCGGCCGUCGUCGCGCUCGUCUGCGUGGCCACCGGCGCACUCAUGGUAGCUCAGCUGAACCAGAGCAUAUCCGUGGUCGUCCUCCUCAGCCUGGUCAGGACCAUCUCGCUCUUCUCGCUGCACAAAGUCAGGGCCACUUGGAGACCGUACGUGGCGUACCUGGUUGGAGUGCUGGGCAUCCUGCUGGCGAGGUAUGCUGACAAGCUCCUGCCUAACCAAGGGAGACACAAGGAGGGCUGCACCCCCGUGACUGAAGCCAGGGAAGAGAUCCCUGUAUUUAAAAGGCGCAGGAGGUCCAGUUCUGUGAUAGCGUCAGACAUGGCACACAGUCAGUCCAACAGUAAGUCACAUCGCCGGACCUCUCUGCCAUGCAUCCAGAGGGACCAGAUGCUUUCCCGCUCGGAUUGGGACCACAAGAGAGGCUCCCGAGGAUCACAGUCAUCCGGCACCACAGUCAUGGUGGACAUAGCAGUGAUGGGAGAGGCCCAUGGACUGAUCUCAGACCUGCUGGCUGACCCCUCGCUGCCCCCCAACACCUGCACCUCACUGCGGGCGGUCAGCAACCUGCUCACCACCCAGCUCACCUUCCAGCCGCUGCACCGGCCACGCCCUGUUUCCCUGCUCAGCCCCAGCGAUGCCUACACCUGCUCCGACUCGGAGGAGGGACCGGAGAAAGGGGAGAAGACAUCCAUCCACAAGCGUCUGAGGCGAAGUCUGCACCCGGGUCUUCUGAGGAGGAUCUCUUCCACGUGGACCACCACCACCUCUGCCACAGGCAUGCCCACCAUAGAGCCCGGGCCCGUCCGAAGGGAUCGCAGUGCCAGCAUCAAACCCUUCCAUGAAACCCUCAUCUGCAGCUGUGGGAGACCAUACAUCAAACUGAUCACAGGGGAGGGCUCCAUAGACAAGGGAGACAGGAUACCACGGUCAGCCGAGGACCAAGUGGUUGUGUCAUCAGACUACGACAGCACCCACGAAGCCAACCACAGUGAAUGCAGCGAUGUAGCACAUACAGAAGAGGACACAGAGGAAGGAAAAAACCCUGGCCAGAAUGUCAUGCUGCACUCACUAAUACCUCCAGAGGACCAACCAAUGUUGGCUCCAGAGCCGUUAGUAAUGGAGGACCUAGAGCCUCUGAUGAGUCAGCUAAACAAUUGGAACUUCCCCAUCUUCCGUUUGAUGGAGAAGACCAAUGGGAAAUGUGGACGGAUCCUCAGUCAGGUCUCUUACAGGCUCUUUGAAGACACUGGCCUGUUUGAGACAUUCAAGAUUCCUGUUAAAGAAUUCAUGAACUACUUCCAUGCCCUCGAGAAUGGUUACAGAGACAUACCAUAUCACAACAGGGUCCAUGCCACAGAUGUGCUCCAUGCAGUCUGGUACCUCACCACGCAGGCUGUGCCCGGUCUGCCCAGCCUCGUCAACGACCACGGCUCUGCCAGUGACUCAGACUCCGACAGUGGCAUAACGCACAGUCACAUGGGCUUCCUGGUUUCAAAGACCUACACUGUGUCAGAAGGCGGUUACGGCUGCAUGUCAGGCCUCAUACCUGCUCUGGAGCUCAUGGCUCUUUAUGUGGCCGCCGCGAUGCACGACUACGACCACCCAGGGCGGACCAACGCGUUCCUUGUGGCCACCAGCGCCCCGCAGGCAGUGCUCUACAAUGAUCGAUCCGUUCUGGAAAACCACCAUGCUGCCUCAGCCUGGAACCUCUUCAUGUCGAGGCCAGAGUACAACUUCCUCGUCAACUUGGACCAUGUGGCGUUCAAGCGUUUUCGUUUCCUGGUGAUUGAGGCCAUACUGGCCACUGAUCUGAAGAAGCACUUUGACUUCCUUGCUGAGUUCAAUGCCAAGGUGGGUGACCAUUCAUCUCCAGGCAUCGAUUGGUCCAAUGAGAAUGACCGGUUGCUGGUGUGCCAGAUGUGUAUUAAACUGGCUGACAUCAACGGACCUCUGAAGUGCAAGGAUCUGCAUCUGCAGUGGACAGAGGGCAUUGUCAACGAAUUCUAUGAGCAGGGAGAUGAGGAGUCCAGUCUGGGACUUCCUGUCAGCCCCUUCAUGGACAGAGCAGCACCACAGUUGGCCAAACUCCAGGAAUCAUUCAUCACGCACAUCGUGGGACCGCUGUGCAACUCGUACAACUCAGCCAGCCUCAUACCUGGACGAUGGGUGGAACCCAACCCAGAGGCAGAGGAGCCAGAGAUGGAGAAUGAGGAAGAGGAUGAAGAGGAUACUGCAGAAGAAGACACAUCCACCAGCUCAGAAGCAUCACAGAAAGAUGCUACAAAGAAAAGGACGAACGUCUUCUGUCACAUCACCCAGCACCUAAUGGAGAACCAUGAGAUGUGGAAGAAGGUGAUUGAAGAUGAGACCCAGAAACAAGGCCAAGGAGCAGAGUCUGUCCAUUUAAACAAUGUAGCUGAGCCUAUUCUGGCUAUUCAUGAGGAGGAAGAGGAGCCAGGCAGCAGAGAGGAGCUGCUGGAAGGAGAGGAUCCUGAGGAGGAAGUGGAGGAGGCGGAGUGGCCCGUGUCUCCGCUGGAGGAAUCUGAACCUCCAGAGGAACUACAGGAGGGGGAGCCGCAGUGAAAAAAGCCCAUGGGAAAAAAGGCGUCAGUCAGGGCAAGGACGUGAAAAAAAGUAUUUCUUUGUUUCUUAUCCUAUCAACUGACUCCUGUUCUUGCCAGCAC